AUGUCCAGAUUUACCGAUAUUCUAGAUAUGAGUAUGACUGCUGGUAGAGUGCAGAUACUUACCAACUUUCCUGUCGAGGUUAUUAUUUCCAUAUUACACCACUGUCACUACAGGACCAUCUUGCGAUUCUCUAUGUCUACAGUUGCAUAUCGAGCUGGAAGUCAACGGAUUGGAAAUGCUAGCAUCGACCGAUCUGCAAACGCUAAUGUUGACUAUAGACUCAUCUUGCAAGAGCUGAAAGAUUACCAGGACGCUUGGCUAAACCUGAGACUUGGACCAGAGUCUGUAAAAUCGCUUCCGGCCCUGGAUGACAGUCCCGUACACCACUUACGAGAUGGAAAAUACAUCGGAAUAUUUCAUGAACGAACUCCUGGAGAUGGCCAGGUUGGGGUUUACCGCCCCUUUGAUCAUAUUCAAGUCGCUGAUUUGAACACUCUUGCCCUCCCGCCUCCUCUUAAACUGCGUGAAUUUCAUGCGUUUACUGCUGAUCCUAAACAGAAUCUUACCGUCUUGAUUGAAUACGAUGGUCAAUGGUUUAUGUUUCAACACAUUUACAUACAUUUCUACGACAUCACCACUGGACAACCCCACCCCCUUGCCCAUUUUCCUAUCCUUACUGUGCAACUUACAGAAUUUAGUGAAAGCACCGUACCAGCCUAUGGAGGCAGCCGUGCUAUCGUUAUGGGAGAUCUUCUUAUAGUCUCUUUAUUAGGACAUGGCUCUGCCAAUAUACUUAUAUGGAACUGGCAGCGUGGCACUUUACUCGGACAAAUCCAGCAUAUGACCAGAUGCGAAAGGCCUAUAUUUCUUGACCGAAAUCACCUUGUUUUAUGCUCUUUUAUCCCUCCCUCAAACUCUCAAUUGGACUCAGCGAGAGAAGACCAAAUUGGGCUUCUUGUCUACCGAAUACCCAGUCUUGCUACCGGUAAACCUCAAUACCCACCUACUAACCCUGUCAAAAUCUAUACAGCCAAUCACAUUAGGAUCAAUCCUAUGCUGGUAGCCGAGUUCCCAAAAGUACAGCCUAUGUACAAAAUUACUAUGUACGAAACUGAGGAGCCACUAGCACUUCCCGGGGACCUGGUAUUCAACAAAUCUGCAGAAGUGGGCCUGACAGAUAGGACAAACCCAAUAAUUAUUCUACCUUAUUACUCCAUUUUUGUUAACACCAACUUCAUUAUCAACUACCUAUCGGACAACUCGUCCAAAGGGUGUGCGAGAAUACCCUGGGCUCACUGGGGACCAGCUUCAACUCGAUGGUUCUCUAAUGGCGAGCUCUCCUCGGCGGUAACUCGCGGGGGCUUUGAUGUACCAUACCCCCACGGCUCUCUUCACUUGGGAUACGCCAAAGAAAACACAGGCUUUACUCCGACUUUAACGACGCAUGAAUUCAAUCCACAAAUCGUAAGAAGGCAUAUGCUAUCCUCUAACAAUAAAGAAAGAUUCGACGAGAACAAUUAUGGUUCUGGUUGUACGGUCGAUGAUCACCCUAAAAACUCGUCAUCUUCUAAUGCUGGUACUAAUAUCUAUCGAGAACCUCCCAAAGUAGUAGCGGAAAGCACAGUAAUGCAUAUCGGAUUUGAACACCCGAUUGAAUCAAACCUCCCCUAUCUAAUUGGGCCUGGUGUAGAGUUGGAAAACCCAUACAGAUGUGUAGUAUGGCGCAUUCACAAUGACUAUCUGGUUGGAACAACAUGCAGAAAAGCGUACAAGGUUCUUCGCGAGUCGAUUAGUCUGCAAUUGCAUAUCGAACUUGAAGUCAACGGACUAGAAAUCGCUAGCAUUGACCAAUCCUCAAAUGCUGGUCCUGACUAUAGAUCUAUCCUACGAGAGCUAAAAGGCUACCAGGAUGCAUGGGUAAAUUUGCGGUUCGAACCAGAACCUAUAAAACAUCUUUCAAAACUAGAGGGCCACAGGCUGCACAAACUACGACAUCAGACCCAUUUUGGAGCAUUCUACCAACCAACUCAUGAGAACGAUGGGGCCAGCAGAUAUAGCGGUCCAUUUGAUCACAUUCAAAUCGCUAAAUUAGACUCCCUCGCUGCACCCAUUGCUCUGAGGUUCAUAUGA